AUGCAGAGCGAGGCGACUAUCACCUUCACGCAGCCGGGCAUUCAAGCCCCGGUGUAUGUGGUGACCUCUCUCAGCACGCCACCAUGGGCGACUCUUGAACUGAAGGCGAGCAAGGAGAAGACGCCGUCUGGCGACCUGGUCUUUGAGCAGAAGUUCGGCAAUGUCGCCGAGGGCAGCUACCAGUACAAGAUCCGCAUUGGCGAAGGACAUUGGGUUGUCGACGAGUCGAAAGAGUCUGCCACGGAUGAACACGGCAACCGGAACAACGUCGUCCACGUCAAGUCUGCGACUUCCAACGCUACCCUCGACCGCCCGACUGCCAAAGACAUACUUGAUCGCAAGGACAGCACAAUGGACAUUGGCCAUGUGAGCCCAGGGCCCGUCCCGUUUGUGGUGGUCGAGAAGGUCGAGGAUACGGAUCGGCCAGAGUACGGUGACGCUAAGUCUAAGAGUCUUUCUGUGGACGAGUCCAAGCGCGCCGCCGACCCAGAACCAGACUUCGAGCAGACCAAGGCCGACUCUCCUCUCGAUGUCGGGCCGCUCAAGUCACCAGACGUCCCACUUGUUAUUGUCGAGAAUGUUGACGACAGACCAGCACACGGGGAUGACUUUGGCGAAGACGCGACUAAGGGCCAAAAGCUCGCACACGAACUGCGAUCGGCAGAUGCAUCGCCAGACAAGCUCACUAUUGCAUCUGAGGGACCAGUCGAACUUGAUCCCCCGGAUAUGCAAGCUCCAUUGUUCCGACACGAGUCCUUCCAGGACUCUGAGUCGUCCUUGCCUGAGGCAUCGAUGGACACAAUCGAAGAGGAGUCUGCACGGUCCUCGACAGAUCACACCAGCUCAGGAGACAUCCUGAACACACCGUCUGCCCAGUCUCAGGAUGAGCUGCAAGAUGACGACGAGCUAGGCAAUGGGCCUCUCCUUUCGCACGAGACUGGCUUCGCAGAUCAGAGCAGCGAAUUUAAGAAAGCACCGCUCUUCUCCCAUGAGACGGGACUUGGGGCAGAACAGGACAGUGACGAGGACGAGUUCGCUCAAGGCCCACUCCUGCCUCACGAGACUGGCUUCACCGGCCGAACGAAGCACCAGGACGAAGAGUAUGAGGAAGACGAAUAUGACGCCGCGCCGCUGCUACCACAUGAGACUGGCUUCUCGUCGUAUAAGAGCAGCGAGACCGCCAGUAAGGAUAGCCGCCUCAGUAAGGAUGAGUACGACUACGAGCCAGAGCACUACACUCGGUACGGCGACCACUCGGAUGACGAGGAAGGCUCUGUAGAGCUGAAUCUUGCUCCUACCUUCUCCCAUGAGCAAGUUUCUCAUGAAGAAGACUACGAUGAACCCUUGCUUCCACAUGAACAACGCUCGGCUGUCGAGAACCACUCUAGUUCCGAGCGGUCCUUUAGCAUGAGCCCGUCAACAUAUGAGAGUGCCUACCCUGUAUUUGGACAAGAAACAGACAACGCGAAGGACCUUUUCGGGGCGUCAAUGCGUUCCUCAUUCUUCAGGACACGCACCAGCAGCAGUACGCUUCCAAACAAGCUACCUCGCUCGGACGCCGAGGACCUCAACCUGAAUGACCCCGGGCUCGAAGCGUUCCCUGUAGGUCGCGAGCAGAUCCUCGAACGCGUGGCAACUAUCGGCCACAAGUUGGCCGAAGACGAGACGCAUGACGAACCAGCAUCGCCACAACCGUCCGUCCUUUCACAAGCUUGUUCUUCGGUCGAUCUCGUACCCGUGAAGUCUUACUUGUCCUUGGCGUCUGUACGAGAAGAUGAAGAAGAAGAAGAAGAGGACGAGGAUUAUGCCGAUGUCGAGUCUCUUGGUUCCCCUGUGAUUAUGAGUCGCUCUACCAGAUUCGCUCGAGAUCCUCUUGAAACACCCCACCCAGAUGACAGUAAGCAGCUUGGCUUCAUCCCAGAAGACAAGUCUGAGACGCAAAACACUCAUACUGCCGAGUCUAGCCAAGCCAGCAGUGUCAGCAAGACUGACGGUGCCAAAAAUGUAUCAAAGACAUUGAAGGGCCUGUCUGACAUCGUAGCUUCAAGGGCAACGGUUAAGAACACGCUGACCCCUCCGCUCACCCCAAAGGUGUCCGAACCACUCGGUAAGGAGAGCGCGACGCCUGUGCCCGAGUCUGAACUUCGUCAACGUCGAGAAGCUGCGAAGGGAGCUAUCGAUAGCUUUGCAUCUACAUCUCCUCCCGAAGACAAAGAGAAGGAUCUUCCUGUUGCCGAACCUCCCUUAGUAACCUCGACUGCUGAGAAGUUGAUGCUUAACAAGAGCUCGCCUCAGAUGUGGAAAGGGGCUAGGUGA